AUGGCAAACAAGCUCGGCAUAUUCCCAGCCUCUGGUGGCCUUGGAGGCAGUACCCUUAGACACCUUCUUGAGCAAGUCCCACCCAAUGAAGUGGUGCUCAUCGCUCGCAACCCAGAGAGACUCGCAAAAGAGAAAGCCACUGGAGCUAUUGUCCGAAAGGCCGAUUACGACAAUACCCAGACACUAGACCAAUCGUUUGAUGGAAUUUCGUCUCUGAACUUGAUUUCCUAUGCUAGUAUUCAAAAUGAGCAUCGUUUCGAGGUACACAAAGCCGCGAUUGAUGCGGCUCGAAAGAGUGGCGUGAAACAUAUAUUUUACUCGUCUCUUGCGUUUGCCGGUGAUGGAGAUCUCGAGACUAAGGCCCAAGUCAUGCUUGCCCACCUUGCGACGGAGAAAUAUCUAGCCCAGCUACACGACCAGAACCCACAGUUCACGUACACUGUCGUUCGCCAAGGGUUGUAUUCCGAGUCCUUCCCGCUUUAUACCGCCUUCUUUGAUCUCAAAGCUCCUUCUGACGAAAUACGUAUCCCCCACGAUGGCUCGGGUCCUGGCCUUGCUUGGGCCAAGCAAGACGAGUUGGGAGAAGCAACCGCAAAACUUGUUGCACAACACGCCGAAGAUCCCGCUGCUUUUCCCUAUUUGAACAAAACCGUCCUGCUCUCGGGCCCUCGUGCUUUAUCUCUCAAUGAAACAGCGGGUGUAUUCAGCCGCGUGCUCAACAAGCCAAUCAAGGUCUACCAGGUACCUGUGGACGAGUAUGCCAAACAGCCACAGGUCCAAACUGGUCUCACAUAUGGUGGUGGCGACUGGGCGCCUCUCUGGGCGACUGCUUUUGAUGGGAUCCGCGAUGGUGAAUGUGCAGCAGUCACCCCAAAUCUGGCUCAGAUACUUGGCCGCGAACCUGAGCAGUUCGAAACAACUAUCAGGAACAUGCUUUCGACUUAA